CGAAGCGUGCGAUGUUGCCCGAUCAAAAUUCGACUGUUACCACUACAGUCACAAGUCCUCCAUUAUCUACGAACAUUUCCUUCAAUUAUUGUUUGUUUCACCGGAAAAGUGUGCCAAAACACUUCUAAUUUGAUGAGAAAAAUAAUUUAUAACAUGAAUGGUUUAUUUCGUCAAUGUUAUUUUUCUGUUCAACUGAGUUGUCCACUGAUAGGUUAAGCCUCCUCAAAAACAGAAUAGAAGUGCCCCACGUUUUCGCGUGAUGAGUGUUUUUCAAGGUGCAAUUUGAGGUGAUAAAAAACGUGGGCCGGUGAUUUUUGAAGUGAUGUUGCGAAUCGGGAGAUCAUUCGCUGGUGGAACGGACGUGACAACCGAUUGUUCCCUGAGGUGUUUGAUUGUGCGGUCGCAGUGGAGGUUAUGGUGGGCGAGAAAUAUCCAGGGGUAUGCGAAGGCUACCGCCAAUUUGGAAGUUGACAGCAGUGGGAAAGUGAAAAUACGACUGGAUCCCCGGGUCGAGGCCCUGAAGGAUAAACUAAUUUACUCGGAUUAUAUCGAUAGGAAACGAUUGAAGUACGGGUAUGCGGUGAAUAAAGCUAUUGAGGCUGAGCUGGUGAGCAAGGAACGGUGGAGGCUUUUCUGGGCUCAGGUGGAGGCUCCGACUUACAGUGUUGCUUUGAAGUAUUUGCGAAGUGAUGAGGGGAAGUCUGAGGAGAAAGAAGUUGAGGAGCCGGUGCGGGAGGAGAAGAGGGAGAGGCCGAUUCACAUGCCCUAUGCCUCGAUAGACCACUAUGAGCUGAAGGAGACUGAAGCACCUGGUGAUGAGGGGCCUGAGCCUCUUCUCAAUACCAAGUAUCAGAAGCUGUACGAGAAGUAUCUGGACGCCAAGGAGGCCACGAACAUUGCACCCAGGUUGAAGAGACGAAUGGAGAGUUUGGAGAGGCUGGUGGAGGAGGCGGAGGCGAAGGAACCAGGGGGCAAGUCACGGAGUACAGAGAUAAAGAGACCGAAAGACAGUUUAGAGAAUGUCCCACCGAACUGGAUGACUGAUUACGAGCAAUAUGAUGACGAAGAGGAUGAGACCUCCUGGGAGUUGAACUACGGAACUCCAGAUAGAAAUACUCCCAUCAGUAAUGUUCCAUGUGGUGGCUGUGGGGCAUUAUUACAUUGCCAGGACUCUGCGUUACCCGGAUAUUUACCCUCAGAAUUGUUCAAAAAUCUCAAAUCCGACGAUGACUUGAAGAACACGAUCUGCCAGAGGUGCCACUUCAUGAAGAAUUACAAUGUGACGUUGGAAGUCAAGGUGUCUGCUGAAGCUUACCCUGAAAUUCUGAGUCAGAUUCAGCUGAAGAAGCGAAAAGCUGCUGUGAUACUCAUGAUCGAUCUGACCGACUUUCCCUGCAGUAUCUGGCCGGACUUACCCUCGAUCAUUGGGAAGUACACUCCCAUAUUUGUGGUGGGAAACAAAGUGGAUUUACUGCCGAAGGAUUGUUCACGAUUUGUGGAUAAUGUUAAGGCGUCGUUGAUGAAGGCUCUCAGGGAGGCUGGCAUUCGGGAGUUUAAUAUUAAACAUGUGGAGUUGAUCUCGGCACAGACUGGGUACGGGGUGGAGAGGCUGAUCAAUAAAUUGCAUAAAAUUUGGGCGUACAAAGGGGAUGUCUACAUGAUUGGGUGUACGAAUGUUGGUAAAUCCACAUUAUUCAAUGCUCUCCUGCAGUCUGAUUACUGCAAGGUGCAGGCUGUGGAUUUAAUUCAGAGAGCUACGACAUCUCCAUGGCCCGGCACAACUCUCAACCUCCUUAAAUUUCCGAUUUUAAAUCCUGUUCGGUGGCGAUUGGCUCUGAGAGCCCAGAGACUAAUGGCUGAAGUAGCUGAGGAGCAAGCUGAGUUGCAAUUUCGUAAACGUCAAACGACUGCUGAGCGCAAUAUUUCGUUUGCAACGUUGCAAGAAAGAAUCGGCAGAACGUUCCCAUUAAGAACAAGUCUAAUAGGACCAGCGUUAACUGCAUACGAGAGAAGGCUAGCAACAGGUCGUAAAUUUGGUAUCAAUGAGAAUGACGAUACCUUCAUCAGAAGCAGAUGGUGCUACGACACUCCUGGUGUCGUUCACCCAGAUCAAAUACUCCAUCUACUCACAACGGAAGAACUCUUAUUGACAUUAUCCACGGAAAUCAUAUCACCGAGGAGUUUCAUCUUCAAACCAGGCCAAACGCUGUUCUUGGCUGGAUUGGGACGACUCGAUCUCCUGACUGGCCCUGAGUUCAUUAGAAUUACCGUUUUCGCUAGCGCAUCUCUUCCCGUUACAAUAUGUGAAACCAAAGAUGCUGAUGAUAUUUAUAAUGAGUUGCUGCACACAGAUGCACUUGCUGUGCCCAUUAAUGAUCCUGAGAGGCUCAAAAUCUGGCCACGUUUCGAAUACAAGGACUUUAGUGCUCAAGGGGUCAGUAAGGAUGUGUCGACUUGUGAUGUACUUUUAUCAAGUGCAGGCUGGAUUUCUAUCACACCGAAUCGUGACGAAGACGUGACGUUGAGGGCGGGGACACCAGAAGGAAGAGGAAUUUAUCAACGAACACCUGCCCUACUCAGUAACUCAGUAUCCCUUCGAGGUGCUCGGAUAAAAUCCACAGCUGCGUAUCGAGUUGGACGACAAGUGUACACGAAACCUUGAGUAUGUCAGUACGAAUGUUUUUGAUUCUGUUUAUAAGUAUUCCAUUGGUUUUAUACUGUUGAAUUAUGGAUGGAAUCAUUGUAUAAUAAAUUGUAUAAAUUAGAAAA